AAGGCGUGGUCUCUAGUCCAAAACAAGACUUUAGGGGUGGUUUCCAUCUCCAUCAGAGCUUUCCCUGUUCUAUACUACAGAGAUUGAACUAACCAUCAUUAGUACAGUGCAGUGAUCAUCGUGCACUCGGCCUCGGCCUCAUAGCUGAUACUGAUAGCCAUUGAGAGUCUGAGAUUAUUAAGACUGAUCAUGGAAUUAAUUAUAGGAGACCAGGACUUUCGAAGUCAACUUGCCCAAAAAAUGAAUGCUGAGCUGAACUGUGAUGAUUUAUCUGAUAUCAAGUCAAAUCUUUAUAAUGCUCGCUCAAAGUGGGAAGAUAUUAGAUUGUCACUAAAUAUUGAUUUAGAAACAUUAACGUGUGUAAAAUCACUUAAUCGAGAGCGCCAUGACGACUGCCUCCAAGAGAUGUUGGCUCAUCGUCUACAAGCUACUCCCAGUCUUACCUGGAGGAUGCUGUGUGAGUGUCUUAGAUGUCCAACUGUGGCACGUAACAACGUAGCUGUGGAGAUUGAAGACUGGAUAAAAGGAAAAGUAAAAAAAGCAACAAGAUUUCCAGAUGACAGGAUGGAGUCAACAAGGAAACACAAGAGACCCCUUCUCUCUGACGAAGAUCUCACGUUGACGGGCCAAAGAGUUGAAUGUGAUGAACAAAAUAUUGGAGAGCAGAAAAAAAAAUCUAUUUCUCCUGAUGUUUUAAAAAGAUCGUUUCCCAGCAUUCAUAUUAGCAAGCUGAGUAAAAGUGAAAUUAAAGCAGUUAUUCCGAAGUUGUUCCUUCAGUCAUCGAAUCUUUCUUGCAAAUUCAGCAGUCUCUUUUCGGAUUUGUACCUCUCACUUGAACAGAGAAGGAUUCCAAUAAAACAUUUAGUUAUUUGCUUGAUCGGUCUUGAAGCUUAUCCACCAGUUUAUAAAAACUCCGGUCAACUGCUAUUUAAAGACCAACAGUCAAGAUUAUUUGCUGCUGUAGAUCUCACUGAAGUGUGGUGUAUUAUUAAGUAUUACUGCUCGUACUUCAACUAUUACAUAAUUGAGCAUAUUACAUGCCGGUUAGGAACAGACGAAGACAAGCAAAGAAUGUUGUCAUAUAAGAAUGCUUUUUCACAGUAUGCUGAGCGUCGUGUGUACGAGUGUCCAGCUGAAUUCGGUUCCUUCAAUGAUGAUGAUUGUACCAUUAUUGUGAAGCUUGAUAAAAGUUACGACGAUUGUACGGCUGACCAAUUAAUUAUUCUUAAGGAUAAGCUUUGUGAUAUAUUCAAUAUUUCACACAAUGGGGUUUUGCGCCUGUGUGCUGUUGAACAAGGUUGCUAUGAACUCACAUUCCAAGCUCCAUUAUUUAUUCAAGAAUCUAUCUUUCCACUUUCAUUGGAGCAAGAAACUGCUCUCAACGAACUUAAAAUUGUGUGGUUACUUUGCGGGAAUUACGAAUUCUCUGCAUCAAAAUUGAAUCAGGAAUCACAUGAAAAUUACAGCUCUGAUGACGAGAGAGAUGACGAUCACCCAGAUAUAAAAGUAAUGCAUGUUUAUAAUCGGCAUGCAGAUGACAUUUCUAAGGCAAUGGAACGUGCUCAUGCUGUGAUGCAGCCAGCAGAAAAAUUCAACGACUAUGUUCCAUCCGACUCAGGAAUUGGAUAUGAUGCCGAAUCUAAAUCAUUUUUCACUGAAUUACUUAUUACAGCUGUUCAGAGAGGGCACUUGCACAUUUUAGAAUAUCUCGCUAUUGAAUGCCAUUGGGAAUGUUCCAAUCUUUUUCAUGAGAAGAUAUCUCUUCUAAACUUUGCUAUUACAUCUGGUCACUUAAAUGUUGUGCGUUUUCUGAUUUCAGAGACAGAUAAUUUGUAUCAUCCUAAAGAAGUAGUCUUUCCUCUUCACCUUGCUUGCUACAGUGGACACAAACACAUUGUUGAAUUCUUGAUUGAGGAACAUGGUGCAGAUCUUACUCAAAUUGACCAGCAAGGGAUGUCACCACUUCAUUAUGCUGCUUGUUCGGGUCAGUGUGAUGUGGUUCGUUGUCUAAUUGAAUAUAAAGCUGACCUUUACAGUGGAUUGAAAGGGGUAGGUACUCCUUUACAUUCUGCAGUAUCAGCUGGAAAAUUGAAUGUUGUCCAGUACUUUGUUAAUGAGCUGAAUGUAAGUCCAAACGUUUCGGAUUACAUAGGAUUUACCCCACUUCAUUGUGCAUGUUUAAAUGGAGAUACAAAAAUCAUUCAAUUUUUCAUAGAGAAUAAGGAUUGUGAUCUCUCUUCUCGAAACAUCAAUAAGAAUCCACCUUUAAUGUUAGCAGUUCAUAAUGGGCAUCUAAAAGCUGUCGAUUUGAUGGUUAAAACCAAAAGAUGCGACCUAUUAAUGAAAGAUCAUAAUGACAAUAACAUGUUACAUGUUGCUGCUCAGAAUGGGCACCUUGAUAUUGUAAAAUACAUCAUCUCUGAACAACUAAUUGAUUUAAAUAUUAAAGGUUAUGUAGGUAAAACGGCUUUAUCAGCUGCCUGCUAUUCUGGUCAUGAAGAUGUUGUUAAAUAUCUAACCAUUGACUGUAAAUGUUCCUUACAAUCUGAUAACAGCGGUGUGGCUCCUCUCCAUGAAGCUGCCGUCGCUGGUCAUCUCAACCUAGUGACGUUUUUAAUAUAUGAAUUACGUUGUGAUCCUUACUGUGUUGACGAUAGUGGUGCUACGCCUCUACAUUCUGCAAUCACAUGUGAGCAGACAGAAGUAGCAAAGUUUUUCAUUAAAGAUUUGAAGUUUGAUCCAAAUCUUUUGGACAAGCAAGGAUACACGCCUAUUAUUUGCUAUCUUUUUUACUCUUCAAAAUACAAUGAAAAUGUUAUGAAGUACUUCAUCAAUGUACUGAAAUGUGAUCCAACGAUUAUUUUGAGAGAUGGGAAUAACAUAUUGCAUUUUGCAGCCCAAGCAGGAAAUUUUGAAGUUUUCAAGGUUCUUACAUCAAUUCUCGGAAAGGACUCUCCACUUGUUUCUGCUACUAACCAAAAUAAUUUGUCCCCUAUUCAUAUUGCUUGCUAUCGUGGACACUUAGAAAUUGUAAAAUUUCUAAUUCUUGGUUGCAAAUGUUCUACCCAGCCUGCGAGUGAUGGCGUGACCCUACUACAUGGGGCAGCUGCUGCUGGUCAGAUCAACGUGAUAGAGUUUUUGAUCAAUGAUUUGCACUGGGACCGUUUAACUGUGAACAAACAUGGUCAUACACCUCUACAUGUUGCAAUUGCACGAGGCAGGGUAGAACUAUCAAAAUAUUUUGUAAAGGAUCUGAAUUGUGACCCAAAUAUUCUAGACUAUGCUGGUAGUACUCCUUUAAUGUCCUAUGUUCACAAUCCGAGUUCUGUAUUGAGCACUGUUUGGUGUUUUGUGAAUGAACUUAAAUGUGAUCCAACAAUUAGUGGUGUUUUAGGGAAAAGUGCUCUGCACAUCGCUGCUCAAAUGGGUAAUCUAGAAGUUUUUAAAUUUCUUGCAUCUGCUUUUGUGAAUGUCAAUGUUGAUGUAUUAGCCUCCGAUGACGAUCAAAUUACUUCAUUACAUGAAGCUGCUCGUGCUGGUUAUCUGAGAAUAGUGAAAUUUUUAACUAAAACUAUGAACUGCAAUCCUCUUUGCUGUGACAAGAGUGGUGCUACUCCCCUACACUUUGCAAUGAAGAGUGGAAACUUGAAAAUAUGUGAUUUUUUGGUCAAAGAGUUGAAGUGUGACCCAAAUGUUCAAGAUUUUAAUGGGGAAACUCCACUGUGGCAUAUUCUUAAAGCUUUUAAACUUGGUCACACUAAAUUAAAGUACUUGAUUCAUGAGCUGAAAUGUGAUCCAGCAAUUCCAAGAAAAGAUGGGAGCAAUGUAUUACAUCUUGUGGCACAAAACGGUGAUUUUGAUACUCUGAAAUUUCUUUCUUCAGUGUCUCAAAUGAAAAUGUUUAUUUGUAAUGACGCUUGUGUAACACCUCUUCACAUUGCUUGCGAAUGUAGUCACUUAAAUAUUAUAGAAUUUCUAUCUGCAAAUCUACGUAGAAGAACAAUUUCUGAAGUAGUUGAUCAAAACAGGCUUUCACCACUACAUUAUGCUGUUAAAGGUGGGCAUUUAGAUGCGGUUAAAAUGCUAGUGCUGGACAAAUCACAUAAUCCCUAUUGUUUCGAUCUUACUGGAAAUACUCCAUUUCACUUAGCCACACAAUUGGGCCAUUUAGAAAUUGUUCAGUGGUUUUUCUCAGGCUUGUCACUAGAUCCUAAUAUUUGUACGAACAAUAUAUUGGGCUUCACUCCACUGCAUAUUGCGUGUUUUAAUGACAAUGAAAAAUUAGUAAGAUAUUUCAUUGACCUCCCUACUUGUGAUAUGUUUAUGAGAAGCCGAGUGAAAGGUAUGACAGGUCUGCAUAUUGCUGCUCAAGGAGGUCACGCUAAAAUACUUAAAUUGUUGACAGCUAUACCUAACUGUGAUCUAUUAUGCAAGUCCUUUAAUGGUUUUACUGCUUUGCAACUCGCUGUCGAUCUCGGGAAUUUUGAAUGUACAGUAAUGUUAGCUUCAGCACUUAAACUGCAAGGGAAACAGCUUCUAAAUGUUGACAUGGUCAGUCAAACAGGACUUACUAUUUUGCACUCAGCGUGCUAUCAAAAAAAUGUUAAAAUUGUCAAAUAUCUGUUAAAUGAGAUUGAUGAAGAUUUUGUUCAAAUAACUGACGAAAUUAAUAAGACCCCUCUAUUCAGUGCUGUUCAUGCUAAUAAUACUGAAGUAUUUGACUACCUCAUCAACAAGAAUCCUCGAAGUGUGCAUUCACAAGAUAUUCAUGGAAACACAGUUCUGCACAUAGCAGCAUUUGAAGGCCAUUCGAACAUUGCUGAGACAAUUAUGUUGGACCAUGCUGUGGAUCCACUCUUACAAAAUUACGUUGGAACAACACCCCUUCAUCUAGCAUGUGCCAAUGGAAACAAACCUCUAGUAACAUUUCUAAAUUCCUUUGAUGGAGUAUUGGACAUUCAGGGCAUAAAUCACCACACGCCACUUCAUACUGCUGCUUUAGAGGGUCAUCUGCACAUUAUCAAGAUAUUAGUAGCACAUAAACAAUUUGACCAUGGUCAUUUCUUCCGUUUGGAUGGUCAGGGUAAUAUACCAUGUUACUUGGCGGCUUAUCAAGGUUUCAUACAUAAUGUAAAUUUCAUUGUUGAAUAUUGUUUGCAGAAUCAGCCGUUUGCAAUUGCUUUACAUAUGGAAAAGAUUAAAAUGUUUCUUGAUAUUGCAAAAAUAAAAGGACGAAUAUGCACGCAAAAAUUGCUUGCACACAGGGCUGCUGAAAAGCGAUACGUAAGUGCCCUUGAUUAUUUUUUCAAGGAAGAGUCGUACAAUCCGAAUUGUAGAGACUCAUUACGAAGAACCCCGCUUCACUAUGCUGCAAUGACUUAUAAGAAUGAAAGGUGCCUACAAUUUCUUCUGGACGCUGGAUCCAACUUAAUGGCAGAAGAUGUAUUUCACAAUCAACCUAUUCACUAUGCUGUUGCCCUUGGACACAUAGUUAAUGCUAGACAUCUUUUACUCAAAUAUGAAAAACUGAGUCCUUCUAGAACCAGAGGAAUUCUCGGUAUGAGCUUACUGGAUAUCGCUAGAGCUGGAGGACACUCAAAUGUCUAUCAAGAAUUGUUGUAUAGUGACAGUAAUUAAGUUUGUAGAGUCACGUAAUCAAGUUGUUCUAAUUAGAGCUAUUAUUAUACAUGCAUCAAAUGGUAGAGAGUUGUGCCAUUUGUAUAGUGUUCACCUUAUUUUUUUGUACAAUGUCAUGUCAUGAUUGCACUUAGAUUAACUAUUUCCUGUGGUUAACUUUACCUUGUGCUGUUCAUAUACUAUUGUAUGAGUUCUGUUGAUUAGUGUAUAGUUGUUCUUUGUUCCUUUUGUGCCUAGCUAUAUGGACCCGCUCCAGGCGGCUCUCUUGUGUAUGGGAGCCUCUGCUCCACUGCCUUUUGUCUUCAUCUUGUACUUUUAUAUUAGUCGAAUGCCUCAACUCAAAAUUAAUGUCUGCAUGAGAACUUUUUGCUUACCUGUGGUGUAGCUCAAAGGAGUUUGAAAGCCCUGAUAAAUUAUGCUCCAUGCAAUGUCCAUAUUAAUUUUGGUAAAGAUCAUUACAUUAAUUAAGUUUUGAAUAACUCAUGGCAAGAAUGGCUGGAUGUGAACAUUAUGGAUCCAGAGGAGGUCCGACAGGCGCGGUGCAGCUCAAGUAAUUAGCCUUUGAUUACUCUCAGCAAAAACGUACGACGUGGGCAGAUAAUUAUUGCUCAAUCAAAGGCUAAUUGCUUGAGCUGCACCACGCCUGUUGUACCUCCUCUGUUAUGGAUCAGUUCAAGUCAGCAACUGUGAAUCAUCAGCAACUGAGAAUCAUGAUAAUUAAUUUAAUUAAUUAUGCCUAGUGUCAGUUGUGUGCUGGUUUAUGGCUACGUCUCACUUCUUUAAUUUCUCUAUAGAGAAAUUAUAGAUAAUUUAUUUUAUGUCACAUUUUUUGGGAAUAACCUUACAUUUUUCAAGAAUUUAUCAGGGCCUAACUGUUACCUCAUGGAACCAUAGAUUAGAUGGAACACAUUAGCCUUGUUGUCUCUAAAAAAACGCUAUAGGCCGCCAACUUAAUUCGUUCUAAAUCGGCCUAGAAUCAAGGCUAGGAACACAUGUGAAACUACGCAGUGGUAUAAUUCCAAAGAAUCGAACACAUGAUUAUGAAAACAUUCUCAUAAACAAUUUGGAUCUACUGUAUAGCAGGUACUUUAGGGGGAUUAAUUAAAAUUAAAAUUACAAAAAUUAGUCAUUACAUUAGGGUCGAUUUUUAGCCGCGGCUAUUUUCUGAAAUGUGACUAUUCCGGCCAAGCUGCAGUCCCAAGAGUGGUCAGAUUAACGAGAGGUCUACUGUAUAUACAGGAAGCACAAUGGAUAGACCACACCCACUCAUACAUAUAUUAUAUAGAUCUCAGGCUAAUUAUAACUGCAGAGAUUACAUACACACGUUCUACUUGUAGGAGCUUGUUCUAGAUACAAUUUUCCUUAUAC